AUGAGUUCGUCGGAGGAUGAUAUUCCGCUCUCGCGCGCGAAUGGCCGUGUUGCUCCUCAUUCGGCGAAACCUCCUGCGAAAGCCUCUCCUAUCGGAACGAACGGCAACGUUGACCCGGGCGUGUCAAUUCGUUUCGGCCCCGUACAAGAUAAGGACGUGGAUAUGGAUGAUGCAGAUGCCCGUAGCCUGAGCAAGCGCAAAUCCCGCGCCAGUAUCGACAAGAAGAAGACCUACGCUGAGCCGGAAAGCAGCGAUGAUGAUGAUCAGCCCUUGAGCAAACGUCGACGAACUUCAGUGAAGCAUGAAGAUCCUGAAACCGAUGAGGAUGUUCCCUUGGCCCUGAACGGACGAAAGCUUCCGAAGGCUUCGGAAACGGCCAUUGGUGAGGAGUCUGAUUCUGACGCUCCAAUUGAGAGGCGACUCUCUGCGCAGAAGAAGAAGAUCGAGCAAAAGGCCAAGAAGGACGCUCCGGCCGCGCGCAAAUCCGCCGCCCCCGCAAAGGGAGCCAAGCCCGCCGUGAAGAAAGCCAACGGCGUCAAGAAGGAGGCCGCAGAUGACAAGGCCGCCAUCAAGAAGGUCAAGGCCCAGCCAGCCUCUCCCGCCGUGAAAAAAGGUAAGGGCGCUAUCAAGGCUGAAAGCGAGGACCUUGAUGAGAAGGAAGGCGAGGAGGAUGAAUACCGGUGGUGGGAAGAUCCAACCAAGGGCGACGGUACCAAGAAAUGGACCACCUUGGAGCACAGUGGUGUGGUCUUCCCUCCGGAUUACGAGGUGUUGCCGAAGAAUGUGAAGAUGAGGUACGAUGGAGUGCCCAUUUCACUGCACCCUGACGCCGAAGAAGUCGCCGGAUUCUUCGGAAGCAUGCUCAACUCAACUCAUAACGUCGAAAACCCUACCUUCCAGAAGAACUUUUUCGGAGAUUUCAAGGAUAUCAUCAAAAAGACUGGUGGUGCAAAGGAUUCGCAAGGCAAUAAGGUCGAUAUCAAGGAAUUCACCAAGUGCGACUUCAAGCCAAUCUUCGAAUAUUAUGAUGCCAAGCGCCUCGAGAAGAAAAACCUACCCCCUGCUGAAAAGAAACGCUUAAAGGCCGAGAAGGAUGAAGAAGAAGCUGCUUUCCAAUUCUGUACAUGGGAUGGCCGCAAGCAGAAAGUUGGCAACUUCCGUGUUGAGCCUCCUUCACUUUUCCGUGGGCGUGGUGAGCACCCCAAAACUGGCCACGUCAAGACUCGCGUCCAGCCUGAACAAAUCACCAUCAACGUUGGCAAGGAGGCCACUGUUCCCCCGCCUCCGGCUGGGCACAAAUGGAAAGAAGUGAAGCAUGACCAAGAAGGCACAUGGCUAGCCAUGUGGCAAGAGAACAUCAACGGCAACUACAAGUAUGUCAUGCUGGCUGCCAAUUCCGAUGUCAAAGGACAGAGUGACUACAAAAAAUUCGAAAAGGCGCGAGAGCUCAAGAAGUAUAUCGACAAGAUUCGCAAGGAUUAUCAGAAGAACUUGAAAAAUGAUUUGAUGGUCGAGCGCCAAAAGGCCACGGCUGUGUAUCUCAUCGAUCAAUUCGCCUUGCGUGCCGGAAACGAAAAAGGUGAAGAUGAAGCUGAGACCGUUGGCUGCUGCUCUUUGAAAUACGAGAACAUCUCGUUGAGGCCCCCAAAUACUGUCGUCUUCGACUUCCUUGGUAAGGAUAGUAUUCGAUUCUACGACGAGGUCAAGGUCGAUGCACAAGUUUUCAAGAACCUCAAGAUCUUCAAGAAGGCACCCAAGAAGGAUGGUGACGAGGUUUUUGACCGCUUGACGACUUCGGCCUUGAACAAACAUCUUCAGAACUACAUGCCCGGCCUAACCGCCAAGGUCUUCCGUACAUACAACGCCUCAUACACCAUGAGCAGGCUGCUCAAAGAAAUCAAGGCCUCCGGUAACAUCCCCGAGAAGAUCAAGACCUAUAACGACGCAAACCGCAAAGUCGCCAUUUUGUGUAACCACAAGCGUACCGUGACUGCUGGCCACGCUAGCCAGAUGGAGAAGAUGAGCGAACGGAUCAAGGGACUCCGCUAUCAGAAAUGGCGUUUGAAGCAGCAGAUGCUUGACCUGGAGCCAAGCCUUAAGAAGAAGAAAGGCGCUGCUUUCUUCGAGAUUGACGAGGAUCUCGACAAGGAAUGGAUCAAGGAGCAUCAGGCUUUCCUGAUCGAGGAACAGACCCAGAAGAUCAACAAGAAGUUUGAGAAGGACAACGAGAAGCGAGUCGCUGACGGCGAGAAGGAAAUGAAGGCCUCUGAAUUGAAGGAGCGCCUCGAGGUCGUCAAAGACAUGGAAAAGAAGUUCAACAAGGAGAACAAGACCGGCAAGGUUGAGGCUGAAGGUCGUGGGCCAACCGUUGAGAAAAUCGAGGCCAACAUCACCAAGCUCGAUCAACGUGUCGACACCAUGUCCAUCCAGGCCCAGGAUAAGGAGGACAACAAGGAGGUUGCUCUCGGGACCUCGAAGAUCAACUAUAUCGACCCUCGUCUCACCGUCGUCUUCAGCAAGAAGUUCAACGUCCCCAUCGAGAAGUUCUUCUCGAAGGCCCUGCGUGAAAAGUUUGAAUGGGCUAUCAAGUCUGUUGAAGAAGACUGGGAAUUUUGA